GCAUGUAGUAAUUGUGCAUCCACCAAUAAAUAUUUAAUUUGUGCUCAUCAUCUAUAUUCUUCUUCUCCAAUCUCAUUUGUACUUCCUUCUAAUCUAAGCUAUCAUGUUACCAGAAAUAAGCAUUCAGCAACAGGCUACUACAGAGAGAAACUCCAAGGAAGUGGAAUGUGAUGAAGGAGAAGAAUCAUUGCAAUCAUCGUCACCAAGCAGGCCAACCAGCAUGGUCUUUAAGAAGGAGAACAGAGUGAUCCCUGCUCACCUAGUGGCUGAGGCCAUCUCGACACUGAAGGGGCUCGACCUGAGGUGGUCGGGCCCCAUCACCCCAGCCGAAAUGCAGUACGUGGAGCAGUACGUCCUGGCCAAGUACCCGGAGUACUGCAACGGCCUCUGCCUCCCUGACCGAUCCGAUCACGAAUCUUCCACCUCUGACAUGAUCACUAGGAUCCAGCUGUCGCCCUCACGACUGGUUGACACCCUCACCAAGAAGACGUCCUUCCAGGGCAACUUCAUGUCCAUCCCCGAGAUCCAGGCCCGCAACCGCGCCCUCGACAGCUGCGGCCUCACUGCAGAGGACUACCUCGUCGUCUUCACCGCCACAGUCAGGGAGGCCCUGACCAUGGUGGGGGACUCCUACCCCUUCUUCAGGGGGAACUACUACAUGACAGUUCUCCCUGAAGACGAGGACGUCAUCAGGGAGGUGGCGGCGUCCAAGGAGGCCAAGGUGGUGGGGGCGCCCGCGGCUUGGCUGGACCUCAGGAUAAAGGGGUCCCAGCUGAGCCAGUAUUUCAGGAGGAAGUGCAAGUGCAGCCCCAAGGGGCUGUUUGCCUACCCUGCUGCCUGCUCGAACGGAGAAGGGGGCUUUCUCCGUUCAAGCAUGCACUGGAUAUCGGAAGCGCAUAGGAACUCGUGGCACGUGCUGCUUGACGCUGCCGGGUUGGAGGCCGGGAAGGAGUGCCUGUCGCUGGCGCUGCACCGCCCUGAUUUUGUCACGUGCACGGUUGAUGUGGCGCACGCGCACCCAUCUAAGGUUACCUGCCUCUUAGUGAGGAGGAAGUCGUUUGAGACGAACGCGCCUUCUGCUUAACAUAUACGGGGAUUAACCCUUGUUUUGGUGCAAAUAUAUAUAUACGCAUUCUACAUUUUGGCCUUUUUAUGAUGAUUUAUACUGCAUAACAUAUUUUGUUUAAGCAAGGUUUUGAUUUUGGAAUAA